AUGAAGUCUGUAUUGUUCACUCUUGCAGUCUUUAUGCUCUUGGCCGAACUGGUCUCAGGUCAUUGGUAUGUGAAAAAGUGUGCAAACAAAACUGAAAAUUGCAGGAAGAAGUGCAAAAUUGGACAGAUGCAGACAAAGCCUACGUCAGGGAUGUGCCCCAAACUAAACUGUGCUGUGUUCCAACUGGCAACAAUUCUUGUUCUUUUGUCUGUGGUGAAACAAAGUCUACAAAAGCUCCAGGAACAGUAA